UGCAGUAAAUAGUAUUAAUACCAAACAUGUAACUAAUGGUACCAAACAUUCAUGCCACAGCGGUCAGAUAUAUGAUUCAACACACAGACAGUUCAAGAUCAAUAGCAAAGAAACUCAAAACAUUGCAUUUCAAAAUGCUUCUUCAUUGUAUUCAAUAACCAUUCUUAUUUUACCAUUGGAGUGCAGCCCUUCGUUAUGGCUUCAAGACUGCAAUUCCGGCCUACUUUACAAUCUCACGACUAGUCGUAAAAGAGCAUUGUUUCGUCUAAAUGUCACCAAAACUGCUAUACAUCUAGGAAACAAGUAUAUACUUAGUUUUGCGAGGAACGACUCGUGCAGGAACACGACUUUCAUUGUUUUGAAUAGAAAAGAUAGUGUAACAGUCGGAUCUACAACCGAAUUGGGAAGACAAACUACGACAGAGAAACCAUCAACCAAAACGGAAAACUAUCUUACAAAUUUAGAACCGUCUACAACAGAAUCUUCACCGUUUACCAGUUAUACCCCGACGCUGUCAAAUGUAUCAGGGGUUGUUAUCUCGAACAAAAUCGACCUUCAAACAACUGGUAAUCUUAAUUUCUAUACAACUGGUUCCUCGUCUGGAUUUGUUUCCCCGAAUAAUCAAAUUUUGUUUAGUAGCCAAGAACCAAACUUUAUCACAACAAACAUGGAACUCUUAUCUUCAACAUCAGCUCUUCAAAGUAUAUUGCCACUCAAUUUUUCGAAUACCACCCCAAAAAUCUUAAAAGUGAUUUCGGUUGUGCCAAGUAAAGUUCACUAUACCAUAGCAGACAGUUUAACAACUUUUAAGGCGAACGUGUCAGAGCCACCAGAUAGCAAAGAUCUGUCGACAUCUCCAACUGUUGAUGUUAAACAAGAAAAUACAAAGAAAGAUAAUCCCAAUUCCACGAUAGCCCUUGGAAUAACAAUUUCCCUAUUUGCUUUGGCGGUUAUCAUCAUUGCUCUGAUGAUUAUCAGGGUUCUAUAUAAGAGCCGAAAGAACGUUGAUUUAACUUCAGAAGCCAUUUCUACAGUGUUCUGUAGCGAUGAUUUCGUGCAUAGCACGGGUUUUAUUAAUGAUGUACCGUCGUCGAUAGCUACACAGGAUUUUAUAAAGAUUCGGAAGGUAUCGGAUUCUACUACCGAUGAAAUGAUGGAAGUAGAAGACCAGAGGUUUAACAACAAGACUUACGGAGAAUCGACAUUCGGAACCAGUUCUACUCCUAGACAUAGUCCGAACAGAGUAAACCAGGACUCUAAAUAUGCUGGACUGUCCGGAUUUAAGAAAUAUCCGGCACCUCAACCAAGCAAAGCUAGCAGUUAUGUUUCCAAUAGAAAUUCCCGGUACAACUCACAACAAUCAGAUACAGACUAUUUCCAGUACAAAAGACACUGAAGACGUAUAUCAUUAUAUUGCCAAAUGUAUAUAGUGUGUGUUUACAUAUAUAUAAGGGAUAUUAAAAGUUAUUUGCC